CAAUGACGACGCUAAAUACGGACCAAUAAUGUGACUGCAUGAAGAGAGGUUAUUUUAACUUCCGGGUCACAGCAUUUUCUCUUCUUCUGGACAUUUCAGCGUGACCGACGUUUCGUGUCUCUUUAGACUUAAAAAUGCGUUACGUGGCCGCUUACCUCCUGGCAGUGCUUGGUGGCAACACCAGCCCGUCAUCCAAGGACAUCAAGACCAUCCUGGGGAGCGUGGGCAUCGAGGCUGAGGAUGUGCGCCUGGAUAAGGUCAUCACUGAAUUGAACGGGAAAGACAUCAAUGAAGUCAUGAAUUCUGGCCUCUCUAAGUUAGCCUCCGUGCCAGCAGGUGGUGCUGUUGCAGCACCUGCUGCUGCUAGUGGAGGGGCUGCCGUGGCAACGCCUGCUGCUGCGGAAGAGAAAAAGGAGGAGAAGAAGGAGGAAUCUGAAGAAUCUGAUGAAGAUAUGGGCUUUGGACUCUUUGAUUAAUUUUUCAUCCACUAAGAAAGCAAUAAAAAUGGAAAAGGUUUACACACAA